AUGUACGGUACACCAAAAGGAUAUAUUAGAAACAUCUCAGAAGAAGAGACAGAAAUAGAAGAAAGACCACUUAUACUUGGAGAUUUUAGUAGACUUAUUAAGGAUAUUUCAUUAAUUAAUGAGAAAUGUAAAAUACUAACAGGAGGUUGUGAAUUAACGAUCGGUGAUUAUCCAUUUAUUUCCGUGAAAAAGAUAUUAGAAGGACAUAUUGAGAUUAUAGACGAAUUAGAAGAAGCUGUCAAAUUAUUCAAAAAGAAUAAUAAUCUUCUUAUUGAUAAAAUAAAAGAAGGUAAAAGAAGAGAGGAAAGAGAGAAAAGAAUAGAUGAAGCAGAGAAGAAGAUUAAACAAGAGACAAAACCAGAGAGAAGAAAGACUAGACCUCUCUAG